CAGGUAUCACGCGUGUGCUCUCAAUCUAUUAUCAGACAGCCUUACAGACGCUACAUUUACUGGCGCUUUGCGGCAAAUCAUUUGUGUUUUAGCAUACACUUAGGGUUCAUUUAUGGCGACCUUAUUAAUUGCUUUACGGCUGUCAUUUAAGAAUAAAACUACUAGAACUAUACAAGGGUUUCCCUGGCAUGCUUCAUUUGUGUACUAUGAGUCAAUAUCUUGAGUUAACGAAUGCAUGAAGCAAUCUUACGUGAAACAAUCAAAGAAAAUAUCUGCUGUUCCGGAUGAUGCGCAAGCGAGAUGUAAUUUGCAUCGCUCUAAAUGUGGUACUGCUACACAUAGCACAUUCAUCCAUUGAUGUCAAGGUUCUCAUUAAAAGAUGUAACGAGGUUUCGACUCGGGCUGAAGAUGUUGCUAAGGAAAAAGAAAAGGAUGAAAACAAUUUUGAUGAAGAUGACCAGUUUCCUGGCAUUGUUAGAAGGAGACUGGAUUUGGAGCAGCAGUUUGAGAUGGACGAGCCUGAGUACCCAUUUCAUUUAACACGUUGUCAGAGAAAACUUGCAAUAUCAUUGUGGAUCAAGAACAGGCCAAAUGAUUUUGGAAACACAACUGACGAAGAUGAGCAACUCAUUUACAUUGACCAUGGGUACGACGAUGUUACAAAUAAAAUUGUUAAACUAUUGAGCCCGGUAACGAUCCGUUUUCGUCAGCAGCCAGUUCUUCAGGCAUAUCCUUUCAGAAACAUCCACGUUGUUAAUGGUCUGGUACAUGAAGAAGUAAUUAACAAAGACGAAACACCCCACUUUAAAGGCUGUGACGACACGUCAUCAUCGCAUCCAACAUGUUCGUAUGCAUAUAAGAAGGGAAAACCUAUCCCUUACAGUCAAGGUUUUUGUUGCUACUGCACAGCAUCGGGGAAGCCGCCAGCUCAUAUUUUGGCAGAGCAAGUGUUGAACAACAGUAUGCAGCCUCGCCUUUCAUCAGCUCGACCCGUGCGGAGUGAUGCGGAUGAUAUACUGGGUUUGAAAGAGAUUGGACAAUCCGCAUUCGGUAAAGAGGCACCCGGCCUUUCCGUGAUUGAUAAUGCGGAGCACAAUGAACCAGGAUUACAUGCUCGUCAAGUGAGACAACAGGAGAGCGUAAAAGGCGAUAGCGUGAUCGACGCCUCGGAUGCAUUGCCAGACAGCAUGCAUCGCCCGAAAAGUCCGAGCCUCUCGGCCGUUGUGAACUCGGGCGGCCGAGCGUCACGGAAGCGGCGGGCGGCCGAGGGCGGUCGCCGCAGCCGACAGGUGCUCAGCACGCAGCGGCGCGGCGGUCAGGACUGCACCGCGGACACGCCCGUUGGCGUCGACCCGGACAGGUACCUGUCGUCGGCGCACUGCCUGCGGCUGCACGACAUCUGGUACAACGUGAACGCCGUGCAGGUGCCGCGGCUGCGCCACUCGCUGCAGCUGCAGGUGUACGUGAAGCGCGAGCUGCCGGACGGCACCCAGCGCUGGGGAGACGUCACCGCCGGCCGCAUCAUCGCGCUCGGCACCGACUCCAUGCACCACAUGGAGAAGAACCAGUCGCUGGUGGCCACCUACAGCGGCAAGGUGCUGCGCCGCGAGAACCAGGUGAUCCCCGCCGUCACCGACAAGAUGCUGCUCAUCCCGCAGAUGACGGGCAGCGAGCGGACUAAGAGCGAGUACCCGCAGCUGCAGGGGCCCGGGGAGUACCUCCUGGUCAGCAGGACGCUGGUCGACAUGUCGGGCAAGUCGUGCGACAAGAUCGGCGCCACGUACAGCACGUUCGCGCUGCAGAAGGACCGCUGCGAGCGGCCGCGCGGCUCGUGCCUCAACAACCAGCCCAUCCAGCUGUGGGAGCGCGACAAGAGGUCCGGGGGCGCGCUGCGCUUCCGACUCACCGACUACGGCACGCCGCACGAAGACGCCAUUGAGGUGAACCGCGCGUCCGGAGAGUAUCUCCUGCUGAUGAAGCACACCUACCCCUACACCAGCUAUGUGGACGUCGAGGUAGAUGCUGAUGACAUCGGCAUUCUCCGCACCGGGAUGCACGCCCAAAUCACCAACGUCUACACCAAGAGUGGUGAGCAGCUGACGCUGGUGACGACAGUGAUCACCAACACCGGGCUGGUGUCUUCCACCUUCAGCGUGCAGAUCGCCUCCUGCACGCACAAGGUGCCCAACAGCAAGAGGAUCACCUUCAACCUGGCGCCGCAGAAUCAGGUGACCAUCAACAUCACGCUCAACCACGGCUCCGAGAUCAUCCGAGACAAGAUCGUGUGCUCGGCGCUGGUGCGCAACAGCGAGGACAAGAUGGUCGCGGCGCGCCGCAUCCACGCCUACCCGCACGAUCGGUGCGUGUGCGUGUGGUUCUGCCUGUGCGCGUGCGCAGCCGAGCGGUACGCGUGCACGCCCAUGUCCCUGUCGCACUACCGCAGUUCGGGCUUCCUCGGCUCGAUCCCCUCGCUGUACAAGUCGCGGUUACCGUUCAUCGCUGAGAUAGUGCUGGACGUCGAGCUGGUGCUCAUCACGCUGACCAUUCUCGGACUGCUGCUCGGGUCCCUGAAGGCGCUGGCCGGGAUUCUGUUCCCAGACUCUAUUGGCCUGUUCGGGCUCGCCAUGUGCAACGACAAACCGCGAAAGAUCGACCACUACUAUGAGCAGGAGCUGCGCCACUUCCCCGUCGAGUACGACCGACAGGGCUAUCCGGUCCACCCACUCACUAAGACGCCCACCGUGCGACGCAUGAGUGGCUCGCUGCUCUUCUGUCUCAAUCUGACGUGGUUUUUCUACAUCCCGCUGUCCUGCUGGUACUGGGUGCGCAAGAGCCGCGGCUGUCUGCCGGCGCCCUGUGCGCGCGCGCUCUGCUGCUGUCCCGAGCUGGAGGGGUCGCCCCGGUCGCAGAGCGGGCGCCGGUCGCUGCUGCCCUCCGAGCAGGGCGGCAUUCCGUCAGACAUGUCCGAGUACCGGGCCCAGAGCUACGGCGGCACGUCCACGCAGGACAUCGCACUGGACCAGUACCGCCAGAGCCGCGACCACCUGAGGACGUCCUCCAACAGCUCGCUCGGCUCGAGCAUCAGUCGGACGGGCACGCCGGCCACGCGCACGUCCGCCAACAGCCUGUCGCGGACCAGUCUGAGCAGCCCGAGCGGCACGGGCCGGCGCAGCGGCUCGGCGCGCUCGCUGGGCCGGGCCUCGGCCUCGUCCCCGGCCAGGAGCUCCGGCUCGCUGUCAGCCUCCGCCAGCAGGAGACUCAGUCAGACGCAGGGCUCGUCCAGCGGCAAAUAGGGCCGCGCACGCUGGUCGGUUGAAAGUGAAUGUUGUUAUGUGUACAUUUGUGGUAGAUUCACCGUCUUUGGUGAAUGAGUUGUGCUAUACUAAAGCUGUGUCUCUGGACUGAAAGAAACUGGUGCGCUGAAUAGCUUAUAGCGGGGUGAAUGCUACUUUCACCAGUGGUAUUAUGUUAACUGCAGCGUCGCAGAACUAGUGACAGAUUGUGUUUAUUUUGUGGGCUCUCACUGAUUGGUGCAUGUUCGGAUGCUUCUGGAAAGGUCGCAUGUCUGGUGAAAUGAGAUGGCGAUCUUAGAUAGGAUGAAUGUGAUGGAUGCAAGUCCGGAUUUAUGCGCCCAAAUGCAGCCCAGGCUGUUUUGUAAGCACGGCCAGCGUAGCCUGGCUGCUGUGUGCCUUGCGACCAUAGUUUGCAUAUAUACACAUGCCUAUUGAGAAA